UCAGAGAGAGAAAGGGAAGGGGGGUAUAUAAGAGUGGUAGGUGGGAGUGGGGUUUGACCGCAAAGUGUCUACUGUUUAAAAGAAAGGGACUUUACCCUCCCUCCCUCUCUCUUUCACUCAUUCCCUCUCUCUCAGCAUCAGCAGACACGGUGGCUGGAUGGAGCACAUUCAGUCCGAGUAGAGACGCAGUGUGGAUGACAGAACUGUCAUUUCUCUUGAGACAAAUUAAAAAGCACCUCAGGAACCCGAUGCAUGCAACCUUUGGUCGGUGUCACAUUUCAUGCCGUUGAAAGAGGCGCAUCCCUGAGCUUGUAUUCAAGGACUGGUUUCACUAAGGAUUAAAAUCAAACCCUGUAUUUUAAACAGUCUAAUUCACCCAUUGGAGUCCCGUAAGAGCAAAUCGUCAUGGGGAUGCAAGGCCUGCCCCUGGCCUGUGUAGCAGUGGCCAUUUUAUUCCACCUCUCAAGUGCCGGUCUGGUUAAAAGAGUACUUAGACACAGAAGAGAAUCACUGUUGACACCAACCACUGAAAAUUUGACAGUCCCAAGCCCUGAUCAGCCUGUCGUCUUCAACCACGUGUACAAUAUCAAUGUCCCCUCUGGUUCCCUUUGCUCAGUGGACCUGGAUUCACCCGGAACAACAGAAAUGAAGCCAAAGUUACAAUCUGACCAGCAUAUUGAACACACCAUGGAUGGGGACAACCAGAUUGUUUUUACGCACAGGAUUAACAUUCCCAAGCAAGCUUGUGGUUGUAAUAAUAAUCUCCCUGACCUGAAAGAUCUUCUGAACAGAUUGGAAAUGCUAGAGGCAGAGGUGUCCAGUCUAAGGGAGCAAUGCACCAGUGGGGCAGGGUGCUGCGGUGCUCAAGUUACAGGGGAAAUCACUACCAAACCCUACUGCAAUGGCCACGGAAAUUACAGCACUGAGUCCUGCAGCUGUAUAUGUGAGACCGGUUGGAAGGGGCACAAUUGCUCUGAGCCUGAUUGCCCAAACUUCUGCCAGGACCAAGGUCGAUGUGAGGAUGGCAAGUGUGUCUGCUUUGAGGGCUACGGUGGUGAAGAUUGUGGAAUUGAGCUGUGCCCUGUAGAUUGUGGUGAGAAUGGUCAGUGCAUUGAUGGGACUUGCAUCUGUGAGGAGGGCUUCCUGGGUGAAGACUGCAGUUUUACCAACUGCCCAAAUAACUGCCUAGGCAGGGGGCGUUGUGUGGAUGAUGAAUGUGUUUGUGAUGAGCCCUGGACAGGGUUUGACUGCUCUGAGCUCAUCUGCCCAAAUGACUGCUAUGACCGUGGACGCUGUGUCAACGGAACUUGCUAUUGUGAUGAAGGCUUUACUGGGGAAGACUGUGGAGAACUUUCCUGCCCCAAAAACUGCAACCACCGUGGCAGAUGUGUGAAUGGACAGUGUGUCUGCAACAUCGGCUACAGUGGAGAUGACUGUUCCAAGCUUACUUGCCUCAAUGACUGUAGCAAGAGGGGUCAUUGCUUCAAUGGGAAGUGUAUAUGUGACCCUGGGUUUGAGGGUGAGGACUGCAGUGUUCUCUCCUGCCCCGACAACUGCAAUGACAGAGGACAGUGUGUCGACGGUGAGUGUAUCUGUAAUGCUGGAUAUGAAGGUGAUGAUUGCUCAGAGAUUUCCUGCCCCAAUAACUGCAACCACCAUGGCAGAUGCGUGAAUGGACAGUGUGUCUGCCACAUCGGCUACAGUGGAGAUGACUGUUCCACGCUUACUUGCCUCAAUGACUGUAGCCAUAGGGGUCACUGUGUCAAUGGGGAGUGUAUAUGUGGCGCUGGGUGGAAGGGUGAGGACUGCAGUGUUCUCCCCUGCCCCGCCUACUGCAAUGACAGAGGACAGUGUGUCGACGGUAGGUGUAUUUGUAAUGCUGGAUAUGAAGGUGAGGAUUGCUCAGAGAUUUCCUGCCCCAAUAACUGCCACAGUCAUGGGAGAUGUGUCAACGGCAAGUGCAUUUGCAAAGUGGGCUUUGCUGGAGAAGACUGCAGCAUCAAGACCUGUCCUAAUGACUGCCAUGGUCAUGGACAAUGUGUGGAUGGCAAGUGCAUUUGCAAAGAGGGCUUUACCGGAGAAGACUGCAGCAUCAAGACCUGUCCCAGUGACUGCCAUGGGCAUGGACAGUGUGUGGAUGGCAAGUGCAUUUGCAAGGAGGGCUUUACUGGAGAAGACUGUAGCAUCAAGACCUGUCCCAAUGACUGCCAUGGACGUGGACAUUGUGUGGAUGGCAAGUGCAUCUGCAAGGAGGGCUUUACUGGAGAAGACUGUAGCAUCAAGACCUGUCCCAAUGACUGCCAUGGACGUGGACAUUGUGUGGAUGGCAAGUGCAUCUGCAAGGAGGGCUUUACUGGAGAAGACUGUAGCAUCAAGACCUGUCCCAAUGACUGCCAAGAACGUGGACUGUGUGUGGAUGGCAAAUGCAUUUGUGAAGAGGGAUUUACUGGAGAUGACUGCAGCAUUAAGACCUGUCCCAAUGACUGUCAUGACCGUGGAAUAUGUGUUGACGGCAAGUGCAUUUGCGAAGAGGGCUUUGCCGGUGAAGAUUGCAGCAUUAAGACCUGUCCCAAUGAUUGCAAUGAUCGUGGACAGUGUGUGGAUGGCAAAUGUGUUUGCCAUAUUGGCUUUACUGGAAAUGACUGCAGUGAGUUGACCUGCCCUAAUAACUGCCAUAAUCGAGGGCACUGUGUAAAUGGCCAAUGUGUGUGUCACAGCAACUUCACAGGAGAGGACUGUGGUACAAAGACGUGUCCUAACAACUGUCUGGAUCGUGGGUUCUGUGAAGAUGGAAAGUGCGUGUGCUUUGAGGGCUUCACUGGCGAGGACUGUGCCGAUCUGACCUGUCCAGGAAACUGCAGUGACCAAGGCCAAUGUCUAAAUGGAAUGUGCAUUUGCGACUUAGGCUUCACUGGCGAGGAUUGUUCUGAUAUCAUCCCACCCAAAGAUCUGACAGUGACUGAAGUCGACCCAGAAACAGUGGACCUCACAUGGGUCAAUGAGAUGGUUGUGACAGAGUAUCUUAUCACAUACGUGCCUACGGCUCCUGGUGGUUUGGAAAUGGAAAUGAGAGUUUCUGGUGAAAAGAAGAAUGCAACCAUCAGAGAGCUAGAACCAGGCAUAGAGUAUCUAAUAAGUGUCUUUGCAAUUCUGAACAGCAAAAUGAGCGUUCCUGUCAGUGCCAGAAUAGCCACACAUCUUCCUGAACCCGAGGGCUUGAAAUUCAAAUCAGUGAAAGAGACAACAGUGGAGGUUGAAUGGGACCCCUUAAAUAUUUCUUUUGAUGGCUGGAACCUUAUCUUCAGAAACACAAAAGAGGAAGAUGGCGAGAUUUUGAACUCUCUCACCCCACCUGAUACCACCUUUGAGCAGUCUGGCCUUGGACCAGGUCAGGAGUACGAGGUUAAACUGGAGGUUGUAAAGAACAACACCCGUGGACCUCAAGCCAGCAAGAAUGUUGUCACAAUGAUUGAUGCUCCCAGCCAGGUGGAAGUGCGCGAUGUGACAGACUCAACAGCUCUUAUCACCUGGCUUCAGCCUGUAGCUCACGUGGACGGUAUCUCCAUGUCUUAUGGCCCAAACAAAGAUUCAUCAGACAAAAACACAAUCAACCUUUCCUCCCUGGAUACCCAGUAUCAUCUGUCUGAGCUGGAACCUGACACAGAGUACGAAGUGUCUUUAAUGGCCCGCAGGGGAGAGAUGACAAGUUUUCCUAUCAAUGAAAUCUUCACAACAGACCUGGAUGCCCCUAAGAACCUCAAGGCAGUGGAGGAGACGGAUGAGAGCAUUACUCUGGAGUGGAAAAACAGCAAAGCCAACGUCCUCAGUUACCGCAUCAAAUACGGACCACUGUCUGGCGGGGAGCAUGGAGAACUGGUCUUCCCCAGUGGCCCUCAAGACAUCACUCAUGCUAAAAUCACCGGUCUCAGGCCCGGGACUGAAUACGGAAUGGGAGUGACCGCAAUUAAAGAAGAACGUGAGAGUUGGCCUGCAACGACCAAUGCUGUGACUGUUCUUGAUGCUCCCAAGGAUCUUGAAGUGAGUGAGACCACUGAGACCACACUGGCAUUGGUCUGGAGGAGGCCAGUGGCCAAGAUCGAUUUCUAUAGGCUAGUGUUUGUGUCAGCGGAGGGCAAAAGAACUGAGGUGGAGGUACCAGGUGGCCUCAAUACCCAUACCCUUGUGAAUCUGAUCCCAGGCAUGCUGUACACCAUCACCCUGAUUGCUGAAAGAGGAAGGAUGAAGAGCGCUCCAGUCAUCUUGUCUGCAUCCACAGAUGAGGAAAAGCCUCAGGUGGGAAACAUCACCGUCACUGAAGUGUCUUGGGACAGCUUCAGUGUGUCAUGGGAGGUGGAAGGAAAAGAGUUUGAUAGCUUUCUGGUUGAAGUUUCUGACCCGGAUGGCCUGUCAGAUGGCCAGAACCACACCCUGUCCGGCCAGGAGUUCAGCCUGACCGUUACUGACCUCUCACCUAGUACUUUCUACAGGAUCACUCUGUAUGGGAUAUACAAGGGAGAUUUAGUAGAUCCUGUCUUUGCUGAAGCCGUCACAGUGGCUGAACCUGAAGUGGAGCAUCUGUUGGUCUCGGACAUCACCCCACACAGUUUUAAACUGACCUGGGCAGCUCCAGAAGACGUCUUUCAUGCAUUCUCUAUCAAAGUGGUUGAUUCGAAUGGAUUAGGCCAACUUCGCCACAUCAGUGUGUCCGGAGACAAAAGGACAGAAGUGGUUUCAGGUCUUAAUGAAGAUACGGUGUAUGAAAUCGAGCUCUUGGGGACCAUUUUGGGAAGGAAAUUCCAGCCCGUUAUAGCAGUAGCUCGAACAGGUCUGGGUACACCCAAGGGGAUACGCUUUUCUGACGUGACCGAUACAUCGGCUACUGUUCACUGGACUGCGCCUCGAAGCCGAGUAGACAACUUCCGGGUCACUUACGUACCCAUUCAGGGUGGCAGCCCCAUGACACUGAGAACAGAUGGAGGAGAGUUUCAGACCGUGUUGCUAAAUCUGACCCCUGGUGUCACCUACCAGGUGACUGUCAUUGCUGUGAAGGGCCUGGAGGAGAGCGAGCCAGGAUCAGAUAGGGUCACAACAGCCCUGGAUAAACCACGAGGCCUCACAGCAGUUAACAUCACAGACACAGAAGCUCUGCUGUUGUGGCAGCCUUCCAUCGCUACUGUGGACGGAUAUGUCAUCACUUACAGCGCAGACACGGUGGCUCCAGUUAUGGAAAGGGUAUCAGGGAACACUGUGGAGUUUGAGAUGAACAAUCUUACGCCUGCCACCAAAUACACCGUAAAGGUUUACGCAGUCAGAGAGGAAGCCAAGAGCGCUGCAACCACUACAGAGUUCAUCACAGAUGUUGAUGCUCCCCAGAACCUGGCUGCCAGUAAUAUUCAAACUGAGAGUGCAAUGUUAACAUGGCAGCCACCAAGAGCCGACAUCAGUGGGUAUAUCCUCAGCUUUGAGUCUGCUGAUGGCGUUGUCAGGGAGGUUGUUCUUAGCCCCACAGCGACAUUUUACAGCAUGUCCCAGCUUACUGCGUCCACAGAGUACACAGUGAAACUUCAGGCCAUUGCUGGGCCAAAGAGAAGCAGAACCAUCUUUACAGUCUUCAGCACCAUCGGAGUCCUGUACAAGCACCCCAAAGACUGCACACAGACUCUGUUAAAUGGAGAAACAACCUCAGGCUUGUACACAAUAUACCUGCGUGGAGAUGAGAGUCAGCCCCUGCAGGUCUACUGUGAUAUGACAACUGAUGGAGGCGGAUGGAUCGUAUUUGUUAGACGACAGAGUGGUAAAGUCGAGUUUUUCCGUAACUGGAGGAACUACACUGCAGGCUUCGGUGACCUGAAUGAUGAAUUCUGGCUGGGUCUCUCUAACCUCCAUAAGAUCACCUCCACUGGCCAAUAUGAACUACGUGUGGACCUCAGAGAUAAGGAUGACUCUGCAUAUGCGCAAUAUGACAAAUUUUCAGUCUCAGAACCGCGCAGUCACUACAAAGUCCAUGUUGGAGGAUACAGUGGCACUGCAGGUGACUCGAUGACGUAUCACCAUGGCCGCCCAUUCUCAACCUAUGAUCAUGACAAAGAUAUAGCGGUCACCAACUGCGCUCUAUCUUAUAAGGGGGCUUUCUGGUAUAAAAACUGUCAUCGAGUGAAUAUUAUGGGCCGAUAUGGAGACAACAGUCACAGCAAGGGUGUAAACUGGUUCCAUUGGAAGGGUCAUGAGCACUCCAUUGAGUUUGCAGAAAUGAAGAUCAGGCCCUCCAACUUCAGGAACUUUGAAGGAAGGAGAAAGAGAUCAUAAACCAUUGUGCUCAAACUCCAACCAACCGACCAACCAACCCUCCCCCAGCUGCCCAUUCAUCCCUCCUGCAUCACCUCAUCCCCUUCAUCUACCAAAGCCACUGCCAGGAGCCCAGCCUGCUCUCUACGCUUUCCUGUUAAUGAAGGACAGAAACAAAUAAUUUCUUCAUCCCUCUUAAAGCUAAAGACCAUACACAGUUGUGUGUGUAUCACUUCCGUCCACAUCAAUCUGACAGUGACUCCAGACUCAUAGUGAAGUGUUCAGCUUUACACACUGUGCCUGUACGUCAUAAGCACACGCCAAAGACAGACGCUACAGGAACAUCCGUAUAGUACAAUGCCAGUUGGAGGAUUUUGAGUUUGGCUGGUGCUUUUCGGUUCAAAAAUAAAAUAAGAUAUCGUCUCUCUGUAUCUCACAUGCAAUCACAGUAAAGCAAUGUUCAGAUCUGGAGAGAGCAGAAUGUCUGUGUGUGGUAUUGUUUGUUUUUGGAGUCUCUUCACUAAACUCUAAACUUUAAAUGAGAAAGGCACAUUAUGAUAAAGUUAACAUUUUAUAUGCAGAUAACAAAUGGACUGCAUCAAAAUAUCUAGUGAGGAGGCUCAGAGGAUUUCUCGUUUUUUUCUAGAUUGUGACAAAUGCUAAGCAUCCUCUCUCUCUCUCUCUCUCUCUCUCUCUCUCUCUCUCUCUCUCUCUCUCUCUCUCUCUCUCUCUCUCUCUCUCUCUCUCUCUCUCUCUCUCUCUCUCUCUCUCUCUCUCUCUCUCUCUCUCUCUCUCUCUCUCUCUCUCUCUCUCUCUCUCUCUCAACUCAGUUCAUUCUGCAUAUCAGUUGUCACAUCAAGUGGCACAUUUUAACAUCUGAAACUGGUAUCACUACAGUGCUGUUACUGUAAGUGUUCAUUUAUAUGCACCUUUCUUUGUGGUUCCAUUACCCUAUAACUAUAUUGGCAUUCAGCGAUUCAGCUUGAUUUGUUGCUUGGUAUCCUAUAAAAUUUUGAAUAAAGCAAAGGCAGGACCUAUCAAAUUUAGGAUGUUAGUCAUCUUGUGUUCACCAAUUCUGAGCUUCUUUAAUGUUUAUGAUGACUCAUAAAGAGAAAAAUGUCAAAUACAGGAAAAAAUGUCAGGCUGUUGGUUAUGGGACCCAUAGCCUUUUGUGAAAGUCCUGUUUGCAAAAUAUUAAUAUACAGAAUAAGUCUUCGUGUUUACCCCCUUUUACCCUGCUAUUGACUAAACCACUGACCCUAUACAAUACUUGUGUAAAUUAUGUCUUGUUUCGGUAUUUGAAUAUUUUUGUUGUUUGUUUGUUUAUUAAAUGGGUGUACAACAGGUGUUUUCUUUGUAACCCCUCUUACAAUAAAACAGAUUUUGUUUAAUAAAA